CUGACGUCUGUGACCUGUCAAAAGUCGAAAAUAUUUUUUCUAUGGGAAAUUCAUUAAUUCACCACAACAAAACGUUCUUUUUAUGGUUUUUAGUGGUGAAUUGUGAGCAUAAACCUAUCAAGAAAUAACAGAAUUAUGGAGUGCAUAGGUAGCGAAAGUGAAAAUGUAGAAAAUGUCUCGGAGAAUAACAAGUCAGAGAAUUCUGAAACUAGCACCAAAGAAGAAAACAGUGAUAUUAAGGGUGAUAAAAACAUUGAAAACUCAAAAGAAACUGAUUCAGUAGAGCCAACUGAGUGCAAAAUUCCUAAAACUGAAGAUAUAACUGAGCAGAAAUCUAAUAGUUCUGUUAUAGAAGGAGCUACUAGCUUGGUUAGUGAACCUGUAGAAAGUAUUGAUAUUAAGGUUAUUUUUAAUAAGAAGAAAUAUGAUGUUAGUGUGGCAUCCAAUUUGCAAAUAUCCGAUUUUAAAAAGCAGCUCCAAGAAUUAUUAGGUGUUCCUGACUCAAUGCAGAAGCUCAUGUAUAAAGGUUUACUUCAAGAUUCUCAAACAAUUUCUAAUGCUGGCAUUACCAAAGGCUCUAAGAUCAUGUUAGUCGGAUCAACAUUAAAUGAUGUUUUAGCAGUUUCAUCUGUCACAAAACAGGAUGUGGCUGAUAUGGAAAAAGCCACUACAGUAAAAGAACCUUUAUGCAAACAAAAAAUACAUAGGAAGGUUCUAGAUAAAGGGAUACCAGAGGAUGUCAUGCCUGGAAUUAAAAAUCUGAAGGAAGGCCUACCUCCAGUACCCCUUUCGGGCAUGCUGAAUAAAAAUGGCGGUAAAGUUAGAUUAACUUUCAAAUUAGAAAGUGAUCAGUUGUGGUUAGGCACUAAGGAACGUACUGAGAAACUGCCCAUGGGCUCAAUAAAAAGUGUCGUAUCUGAGGCAAUAGAAGGUCAUGAAGAGUAUCAUAUAAUGGGUCUACAACUAGGUCCUACAGAAGCCUCGAGGUAUUGGAUUUACUGGGUGCCCGCCCAAUAUGUAGAUGCUAUUAAAGAUGCUGUACUAGGAAAAUGGCAGUUUUUCUGAUCGCUCGAAAUCCGAAUUUAUGCUUAAUAUUGCAUUUUUUUUCAAAUUGUGAAUGUGACCUUUUUUAACGUUUUGUAAGCAAUUUAAGUACGUGACCUUUUUUUGUUUUAGUGCCUAUCUACAAAGUAUGUGAAAACACAAGUAAAUUUUUAUAUUUUAUGUUUCUUUUGUACAGAAAUACAAAUAUUGGAAGGCC